UCUGUUGUUGUAUAUGGUCUAUCUGACUCUGUUGGAGCCUAUUUUGAAGAGAAGGCUGUUUGGCCAUUCACAGCUCAUUCAGAGUGACGACGAUGUUGGGGACCAGCAGCCCUUCGCCAACGCCCAUGACGUGCUUUCCCGUUCUCGCUCUCGCUCUAACAUGCUAAACAAAGUGGAGCACGCUCAGCAGCGCUGGAAGAGGCAGGUCCAAGAACAGCGCAAAUCCGUCUUCGACCGCCACGUGGUGCUUAGCUAGAAGCCUCCACAGUCUGGACUGUUAUCUAUGGGUUCUGGUACUGUGCAAACGGCGAGGUCUUUUCCACGAUGUCCGACCCAUCUCAUCGAUCUGCCCGAGCAACCCCCAGUGACUCCAGUGUGUUCGUUUCUUUUUGAUGUGUAGGUUUGUCGUCUUGACCGAUAUGUGCGACUAAACCUCGUUUAUUAUUAGAGUUUGCUUGAUACGGACGGUUUGCAUUAAUUAUCACUGUGUUUUUGCGUUUUGAAAUCACGCGCUCUGAAAUUGGGAAAGAAAAAAAUGUUUACUUCUAAUGCAGUCCAGUCACACUGAACUUGAUGUGGGGAUGGAAGUGCCAAUUUCCUCAUAAAAUUAGGGCGGUGCAUUUAUUCAUUAAACCUUUUUAUAGAAAUUUCAAAAUUGUAGCUGAACUCAAAACAUUAAUUUCCAGUCUUACUGUACAGUGUAAAACUAUCCCCUCUUCUUACUCUUUCUUACCUUGCAGUUUCCUCUCAACUAUUAUAUGUAAAUAAUAAGUGAAUGUGAUUCGUCAUUGUCUCCAAAUGAUGCACUGUUUGACUAACUUCUCGAUUCAGUUCUUCUCUAUUUUGGUGUAGAGUUAGAUGCAUUACAAUGUACAACAGUUCCUUUUUGUUGUUUUUUUGAAGGACAGUAUUCACGUGGUACAUGCUUUGAUGGUAUCAGAAUUAUAUUGUUUGUCAUUACUAUCUGUAUAUAUAUAAUAAUUAAAAAGUUCAGGUACACAAUGUAAAAGCAAAAGAGAGCUGGUUUAACCUGUUGAUUUAUAUUACAGUUUUGUUAAU